AAAUCACUUUCCUGAUCCGACCCAAUCCGUUGUCCACUGUUGUUGGCCAAGGGCUUCCCGGCGGUGACGACUGACGAGUGAAAUGAGUCUCAGAAAAAUUAAGUUGUUUUGUUUCUUCUAGGUCUCUUCGUUCCCAACAUCCCAUGAUGCUUGUUGAGCUGUUGGGUUAUCCAAGCUUCAAAAUUCUGAGAAAAUGAACAAGGCCAUCUUCACCAGAUUCUUUCACUCCACUCCUCUCUUGGAACGCAAAUCCCGCACUUUUGGGGAAUCUAGAUGCAACAAUUACUCCAAAAGAUUCCGAAAACUCCGUGCCAAACAAACGCUGCUUCACGAUGUCAAUGCCUACGCACAAUUCAUGUGUCAGAGCUGGAAAGAAGAUGUUGAUGAGGAUGGUCCAUCUCCCAGUCUAGGCCCCUCAUGGUUCAGAAAACAAUAUUCUCCUAAAGGCUCUGGAAGGCACAGGAAUGACAAUCAAAGAUCAAAGCAUCAAUUUAGAAGAAAUCAUGAAUUUUGCAAAGAUGAUUUUGACGUUGAAACCGUUUUCCGCUCUGCCUUUGGUGGCAAUCGAUCUUUUUAUUGGUCCUUUAUAAAUGAGGAAAAUCCUCAGUGGAGGAAGUCAGGAGGCUUUUCUAAUCAUGGGAAAUCUUGGAAUUGGAGACGUUGGAGUGAAAAUGGAUAUAAUGGCACAUCAACCGAGUCAGAUUGUUCGCAAUCAGAUUUAAUUUCAGAUAGAUUAGCCCUUGGAAUGAGUGCUUCUGGCCCUUUGAAACUUGAAGAUGUGAAAAAUGCGUACCGGAUAUGUGCCUUAAAGUGGCAUCCAGAUCGUCAUGAUGGCUCUUUUAAGGUUAUAGCAGAGGAAAAGUUCAAGCAUUGCAGUGCUGCUUAUCAAUCCUUGUGUGAUAAGCUGGCCUUGGAUUAGGGAGUAAGAACUUGCUUUUUUUUAUUCAGAGUUAGAACUUGUUUAUUAGUACCUUUUCUACAACUUUCUGGCUCUAAGCAAUUAUAUGCCCAAGCUAAUUUAUUUUACACAAAGCUUGAUCGAUAUCAUUCCUUUUCAUUAGUUUAUGUACAAACUGAAGGAGUGAAGUGAGAUAUUUUUUCUCCAGCAUAUUUAUGCAUACUGUAUAUAAUCUUCUUUUGGUUUUAA